AUGGAUUUGAAACCAGUUAAACAAAAUGGCGACGACCAAUCCGACGGCUUGGAUCAAAAAACGACCGGAUCGAAGCCGUCCGAGGCCAAAUCUGCGCGAAGUGGUUUCAAAAGGUUUCAGCUGCUAAAGGGCAGCCUACUGUACCAAACGAAGGAAUAUUUCGAAAACUCCACCCUCCAUGGGGUGCGUUACAUCGCCGAAGAAGGGCGGCCAUUUUUCGAAAAGUUCAUGUGGUUCAGUUUUGUGGCCACCGGGGCCGUUGCUGCGAUCAUCAUCAUCUUCAGUUUGUGGGAGAAAUUUCAGACCAAUCCCACCAUCACCGGGCUGGAUACGGACUUUCAGAAUCAGGAUGUGAUUUUCCCGACCGUCAUGGUGUGCCCUCUGGAGGCCUGGGAUCAGGCGGCACUUUCGGAUACGGCCUACGCAACGCUGGCCAAUUACGAACCUGGCUCGGAACGGUACGAACCGUUUUUGGAGGUUUUGACCAAACUGUCCUACGGUCUGUUUCCGGAAGCCGCCGCCCUCAGCGCUAAUGUGAGUGGCGAAAAGAAAUUUAAAACAUUGAAACUGCGAAAACUGGCCUUCAAGGCGGCCAUCCAGUGUGAAGAUCUGUUCCUAUGGUGCAACUACAAGGCCGAGGAUGUUGAGUGUUGCGAACAUUUCAAGAAGUUUUAUUCCGAACAUGGGUUCUGUUACAGCUUUAAUGGGCGUUACACCUCGGAGGAGGAUGUCGAACAGCGCAACGCCGAAAUUAAUCGGCUGCUGGAAACGGAUAAAAAGUGGGGCCUCUCGUUUGCCCUGAAUCGCACCGCGGACGUGUUUGUGCACUCGUACGACGAAAUCUCGGGCUGGGACUUCCGGCCCCAGGUCCAGUGGGAUCUGAACUUCGCGAUCGAUUUCCUCAUCUCGAUGAAGCAAACCUACACGACCGAGGACGCGCGGCAGCUGACGAUCGGCCAACGGAAGUGCAUCUUCCCGGACGAGGUCAAGCUGAAGUACUACCAGGACGAUUAUACCUUUUCCGGGUGCAUGAAGGAGUGCCGGAUCCGGAAGUGUUUGAAAUUUUGCAGCUGCAUUCCACCAUUCUAUGCGCCACCGGUAAAACUGCCAUACUGCAACGCCGAGAAACUGAGCUGUUUGAACCGGUACCUGGUCAACAUAACGGCAAUCGACGAUUGCCAGCACUGUGAGCUGGGCUGCCAGAACACUGUUUAUGACAUUGAGAAGUACUCGAAGGUAAUGAUCACCGAAGCAACCAAGAAACCGAUAGUGGCCAUCGAGUAUCUCACCUGGCCCAUCAUCCGUUACAAGCGGGAAGUGCUAUUCGGUUGGGUCGAUUUGCUAGUAUCGUUUGGUGGCAUUGCUGGCCUGUUUUUGGGUUUCAGUCUGCUUUCGGGUGUGGAAAUCAUCUACUUCUUCACGAUGCGAGCUUGCUGUAUGCUGUACAAAAACCGAGACGAACUAAUUCGGAUCGAACUGCAAAAGUUGAAGCAGCCACCGGUUCAGUAUGAUUUGAGGUUGCAACCCCAGUUUAAAAACAGUUCUCAAAAACCAUCGACCAAUGACCCACAGAAACAAAAGUCCUCCAAAGACGAAGGACUGACCAGGAGAAACAAUCGAAACGUGAUAACUUUGGGUCUGAUUGAGCAGGAUUUCCAAUCCGUUAAGGUUCCCAGCCAAAAUGGGUUGAUACUAGUUGGGCCACCAAAUAUCUCAACGGACCGGUCCGAUCUUGGAUUGGUCAAGCGCAAAGAACAUUUCGAACGGUUCGAGCGGUUGAAUGUUAAGUUCCGGCCCGAUUUUAUUACACCAAUGAACAAUGCGCCCUACAUCGAACGAAUAAAACCACUGGAUCGGAAUGUCAUUAAAACCAAGGACGGCAUUUUGUAUCACGGGUAUCUGCCCUAG